UGGUGAAAGUGGUGCUGGUAAGACUGAAAGCACAAAGCUGAUUCUCAAGUUCUUGUCUGCAAUGAGCCAACAUUCUCUGGAGCUGUCCUGCAGAGAGAAGACCUCCUGUGUGGAGCAAGCUAUUCUUGAGAGCAGCCCAAUUAUGGAAGCUUUUGGCAAUGCGAAGACUGUUUACAACAACAACUCCAGUCGCUUUGGGAAGUUUAUUCAGCUGAACAUCUGUCAGAAAGGAAACAUUCAGGGAGGAAGAAUUAUAGAUUAUUUAUUGGAAAAAAAUCGUGUAGUAAGACAAAACCCCGGGGAAAGAAAUUAUCAUAUAUUCUAUGCUCUGCUGGCAGGGAUAGAAGAGACAGAGAAAGAUGCUUUUUACUUAUCUGUACCAGAGAACUAUCACUACCUGAAUCAGUCUGGAUGUAUAGCGGAUAAGACAAUCAGUGACAAAGAUUCUUUCAAGGAAGUCAUUACUGCAAUGGAAGUGAUGCAGUUCAGCAAGGAGGAGGUGCGAGAAGUUUUGAGGCUAUUGGCUGGCAUUUUGCAUCUAGGAAAUGUUGAGUUCAUCACUGCUGGUGGGGCACAGGUGUCCUUUAAAACAGCUCUGGGUAGAUCUGCUGAACUGCUGGGGUUGGACUCCACACAGCUGACUGAAGCAUUGACACAGAGGUCAAUGAUACUCAGGGGAGAAGAAAUCCUAACACCUCUUAGUAUACAACAGGCAAUAGAUAGCAGAGAUUCUAUGGCUAUGGCACUUUAUUCUCAGUGUUUUGCAUGGGUCAUUAAGAAAAUCAACAGCAGAAUCAGGAGCAAGGAAGACUUCAAGUCAAUUGGAAUUUUGGACAUAUUUGGAUUUGAAAACUUUGAGGUAAACCGUUUUGAGCAGUUCAAUAUUAACUAUGCAAAUGAAAAGCUUCAGGAGUAUUUCAACAAGCACAUCUUUUCCUUGGAGCAACUGGAAUACAGCAGGGAAGGACUAAUUUGGGAGGAUAUUGACUGGACCGACAAUGGAGAGUGCUUGGAUCUUAUUGAAAAGAAACUGGGGCUGCUGGCGCUUAUCAAUGAAGAGAGCCAUUUUCCUCAAGCUACUGACUCCACUUUGCUGGAGAAGUUGAAUACCCAGCAUGCUGUCCAGUAUGAUGUCAGGGGGAUCUUGGAGAAGAACAGAGAUACUUUCAGAGACGAUCUCCUGAACUUGUUACGCGAAAGCAGUCUUGAUUUCAUCUAUGAUCUAUUCGAACAUGUUUCAAGUCGCAACAAUCAAGACACUCUUAAAUGUGGAAGUAAGCACCGAAAACCCACUGUGAGUCUCCAGUUCAAG